AUGUCGGGCAUUCCGCCUGAAGAGUUGCCUAUUCUGGAGGCGCUGAUUAACAUCCGACACCAGCUGACAGCGUUCAAGACAUUUAAUACGGAAUUUGCCAAUCCUCAUGACGUGCAGAUGAUCUACAAUGCCGUGCUCAAGCAGAUUGCCAAACUGAAUCGGAUCCGCGAAGAGCAGCACGUAUCUAGCGUGGCGCAAGAUGCAAGCAACGAGGCCGCGACCAUGGAUGCCACGUCGGCGACCAACACAGACUCGACAGCGACGAAAAAUACCCGUGUGGAUACCAUGUUGGUGGACGUGUUUUACUUGCUGAGCCUCUUCUUCAUCACGGUCGGACGCAGCCGCGAAUGCCCCGCGCUGUUUAGCCAGAUUGGAUGCAUGAAGCAGCUGCUUGACCACCUCGAUGAGUCGGCCGUGUAUACGGAGGCGGACUUGACGCCGUUUGUGGCGCGCAUCCAGGAACUGCGCGAGAUUGUGCGCAACGACGAGCGUGAGAACAAGCAUCCGCCCCAGCUGACCAAGCUCAUGUCGCGCAAGUUGGAGGCGUGCCAGCAGGUGACGAACAAGCUGCAAAAUGCGCUGUCGGUGAUUUCCGUGGAGCUCCUGCCGAUCCACCAGAAACUCGUGCAGAUCCGGCGGCAGCUGAAUGCGGCCGCAGCGCGUCCCAAGCCGCCCAAGGCAGAAGUACGGCAGCUGCAGGAGGAGCUGCGCAAGAUCGAGAGCAAGCGCGUCGAUGGUAAGUUCCUGGGUCCCGGUGGCUCCUCGGUGCCUGAGGGGCAGGAAAUGCUGGCUGGCCUGCUGGAGAGCUGCUUUGAGCUGAGCAACGAUAUUCUUGUGCGCAACAGCACGGUGUCGCCAACGCUGCAGCCAAUUUAUGACCGUCUACUUGAGACGAAGCAGCAGCUGGAGCAUCUGGAGCAGCGCCACCGGUGGUCGCUCAAAGAGACGGACCUGUGGACGUACCAUUUGACGCUGAAGGACAUUGACCGCAUGCGCGUGGACGGCCGGUUCGUCGAUAGCGAGGGCAGGCAGCCUGAGGGCCAGCUCGUGCUGCUGUACCUGCUGCGUCGCUCAUACGGCCUGAUCAACAAGCUGCUGUCGUCGUCCGAGCCGCUAUCAGAAGAACUCAUACCCAUAUCGGACAAGCUAUCCACCAUUUCCAAGUGUCUGCGGGAGGUAAGCAAGUUUGGCGGCACCUUUACGCUGCGGGACAUGUACCCGUACCGCCUCGCACUGCACCAGAUCGCUAGCCUUCGCAAGCCAAUUCUGGACAAAGAGGGGCACCCGACCGACGAGUUGCGCUGGUUUGCCUCGGAUGGAUCGGUGCCCGAAGGGCAGGGCAUCAUCCAGGCCCAGUUCGAGGAGGUCGAGCAGACCAUUGAGGAGCUACUCAACCGCGAAGAGGAGGACGACGAUGACGACGAAGGCACAAUGUGGGACAGUUCCGCCGUCUCAAGCCGGAGCGGCACCUAUGAGAGCGAUACGGCGAGCGAUAGCGAUCGCAUCCCGACGACGUCGCAGAUGCACGGCAGCCGCUCUGGGCACAGCCUGACAAGCCACUCGCUGGAUACGGAGCCGCUGGCGGAGCAGCUGGCCCAGAGCACCCAGCGUCUCGCACUAUAA